AUUUCUUGUGAUGUCAUUGCCAAGGAUGUGUUCAUUACCGUCUAGCAGUGGUAGUACAAGUAGCAGUAGUGGUGAUAUGGAUAAGGAGAAGCAACGAUUUGCGGCAGCUGCCGCAUCUAUGGCUUUUCCGGGUUUGCCGUUUAUGGCAGCCGCAGCGGCAUUUCCGGCUGUAACGCCCACUACAACUGGCAGUUCCGUUUUCCCCAAUCAAAUGGCUGCUCAAUUAUCAUUGUUCAAUCCACAUCUGCAACAAUACUACGCUAAUUUCCUCCAUCAACAACAAUUGCUACAAAGUUUGCAAAAUCAUUCACCACAAUCUCGAACAGGUCCAUUUUAA